AUGUUUGUCCCCUUGCCGGUGCCGUUCGUCUUUCAGAGAACUGCUUCCGACUUCAACGCCUGGCGUCUCAAGUCCCCGCUGGCUCUUCGUUCCAACUCCGACAGACAUAUAACUAGGACAAGGGAAAUAGCAGCAAUGGUGCACUCAAAUGUUUGGUUACCAGAUAUCAGGAUGUCAAAGCCAGUAGAGGUUGAGAAGCCAGGGGCGGACUCUCCAAUGGAGAGCACAGACUCCGAGAGGAAUGGUCCCGACUCCAACCAUCAGGCUCAGCCAAUGAAAAUCAGUCCCUUCUCCCUCUCUCCCACUCUGAGUAGCACCAAGGUUAAGAUGGAUGAAUGUGGGGAGAUGUCCCCAGCCCCAGCUCAAGCCCCUGCCCCGCCCCCAGCCCCGGCUCCAGCUCCGCCCCCCACGCAGACGCCCCUCCCACACACGCAACUCAUGCUGACUGGCAGUCAGCUAGCUGGGGACAUCCAGCAGCUGUUGCAGCUGCAGCAGCUGGUCCUGGUUCCAGGGCACCCCUUGCAGUCGCCCGCGCAGUUCCUCCUGCCGCAGGCACAGCAAGGGCAGCAAGGUCUGCUAUCGACACCAAAUUUAAUUCCGCUACCUCAGCAAAACCAAGGGGGCCUCCUGUCCGCGCCGCCCAGACUGGGGCUCCAAGCACAGAGAGACAAGGGUGUGGACAGUGGCGUAAGCUCGGCAACCUCUGUGACCUCUCACCCUGAGGAGCCCAGCGACCUGGAGGAGCUGGAGCAGUUCGCGCGCACCUUCAAACAGAGGAGGAUCAAGCUGGGCUUCACACAGGGUGAUGUAGGGCUGGCCAUGGGAAAACUGUACGGGAACGACUUCAGCCAGACCACCAUCUCCCGCUUCGAGGCACUCAACCUCAGCUUCAAGAACAUGUGCAAACUCAAACCCCUGCUGGAGAAAUGGCUCAACGACGCAGAGACCAUGUCCAUCGACAGCACGCUGCCCAGCCCCAGCUCCCUGUCCUCUCCCUCGCUGGGCUUCGAGGGGCUGCCUGGCCGCCGCAGGAAGAAACGCACCAGCAUCGAGACCAACGUCCGCGUGGCCUUAGAGCGCAGCUUCAUCGCGAACCAGAAGCCUACCUCAGAGGAGAUCCUGCUGAUCGCGGAGCAGUUGAAUAUGGAGAAGGAGGUGAUCCGGGUCUGGUUCUGCAACCGGCGCCAGAAAGAGAAACGCAUCAACCCUGCCAGCGCCACCCCCCCCUUGCCCAGCCAGCCCCCCCCUGCGACGCACAAACCCCCCUGCUACAGCCCGCACAUGAUUUCCAGUCAGGGACUGUCCCAGGCCGUCACCAGCCUCAGCACAACAGUGACCACAAUGUCGUCAGUUUGUCCUCUGACCCCCAGCGGCCCUGCCACCCUCAGCUCCGCCCCCUCCCCGGUGACCCCGCCUCCUCGCAGCACAGCCAGCCCCGUUCCUCCCAGCCACAGCACACUGGGCCUGAACACAGGCUUGCGGCGAAUGGGUAAAAAGAACGGUGACGUGUCUAACUACAUCACCGAUUUCGCUGCAAGCUUGAGGUGAAUACGACAGAGUGGGGAUGUCUGCUCUCACACACACACACACACAUGCACAGACAUGUACACACACACACA